CCGUUCCUCGCCAAAAUGACGUCCCGCCUUCGAGGCUCGGCGAAGGAGGAACCGAAAAGCACGUCCCUAUUGUCCUCGAAGAAUCGCACUUACCUGAGUUCCGGUAGGGAACCCAGAGAAAAGUCGGGAUUCGAGGGAUCGCGUAACAAAGUAUCGCGCAAGGAUUCCAGAGGGAAACACGACAGUUUUCCGCAAAGGAGUCCGGAUACCGAUUACGAAAGGAACGGGUUCGGGUACGGGGACGAGGAUCCGGACCUUCUGUACCGCAGGAGUCGGGAGCAUUUCGGCUCCUGGGAUAUACGGGACAUCGUGCGGGAGCGAUCGAAGAGCGACGGGAGAUCGAGAUUCGAUUCGUCAAAAUCCAACGUGGACGAGGGUAGGAAAAUCGCGAACGGCGGGAAGUACGGCGGGAGCGGAUCUCCGGAUCUAGCGGGGCGCAAGUCCGGCGAGAAAAACAACGCCCCGGAGAAAAGUCCGACGCGAGACAAGGCGAGGCGGAAAUCGCCCUGCAGGGAAAUCGGCGGUACGAUCGAGUGCCGGGCGCGUUACGAGGACGCAGCUCACCCGCCGAGGAACAGAGCCCUGCUCCGGGAGAUAGAAAAUUUCGGGGCGAAUCGGCGGGGCGAGAACGAGUCCCCGGAACGUUGGACGUCCGAGGGUCGACGUUACGCCGGUAACGGCGUUUCACCGGAACGGGAUAACGAAAAAAUCAGACAGCUCAUAGACAGAUUCAAAUCGUCCGAACGCAACGGCGAGCCUCGUCGUGCUCCCUCGUGGAGGAAAUCCGAGCGUUACGGAUCGCCGAGUCCCGAAAACGAGGAGUACAGGGCGACGACGCGGUCCUCGAAGGACAAAUCCAGCGGUGCGGGUGCGAGGCUCCCUUCCCUGGAGAGGAAAGUCACCCGCAGGAGCUCCCGGGAGCGGAAUGAAAGAAUAAAGGAGAAUCGGGAGAGCGAGGGGCUGGGCGGCACCGAGAACAACGAACGGAACUACAACGGCGAGUACGGAAAAUUCGAUCCCGAGAGUAGAACUGGAAAGUUCACCGAGAGGGGGGAGCACAGGAUCAACGGGGAGUCCAGGGGCUCGAGCGAAGAGGGUGCUUCCAGAAAACGAAGUGACACUUACAGCGUGGAACGCGGUCCUCGGAAAUCUCGUGAUCUCGAGGAGGACUCCAGAGGGUCCUCCUCGAAGAGGAGGAGCCACGUGUACUCCGAUUCGCCGGUGAAUUUCGACGUGCAAAUACAGAGGUACGAGCGAGCCCUAACCGGACCGCGCAGGGACCCGGAACUGGCUAGAAAAAAUUCUACCAAGGAACGCGACCCGGACCUCGUCAGACGGCGCAGUUCUCUCAAGAUUAGGGACGAGCCCGACGAAAAUCUCGAGCGAAACGGGAGGCACGGUCGACCUCUGACCCCGCCGGUGGACGACCCCUACCUCCGGGACGAUCGAAAAUUCGAGGAGAGCGGAACGUCGUUCGACGCGAAAAGUUGGUACGAGAGCAACAAGCGAUUCGCUGUUAAGUAUCUGGAGGAAAACGGCAGGGUGAACGGGGCGGCCCGCGACGACCGGGUGGAAAACGAGUUGGAAAAUCGUCGCUCAGGUCCGUCGAGAGAAAUUUACUUCGGAGACGAUCGGGGCGUACCGCGAAACAAGAGGGAGGAAAAUUACGGGCCGAGACACGUGUCGUCGCCGAGGACGGAGGGUACCGAGAAUUCGCGCGAGCCGAACCGCAAAUCGCUAAACGGUCACGGGGAACCGAUCACCAUUAAAAUUCGCAACGUAACGGAAGAGCGUUCCGAGAAGGAGAGGCGAACGAAACGCGGGACUUUCCCGGACGCCCCGGAGGAUUCAACGAACGCGAGAAACAGGAGGAAGAGCGAGCAGGAGGGCCUCGGCAGAAAGGAGGGCAGGUGGAACGGGAACAGGGAAUGGAGCGGCGGAACCGCGACACCGGCGAGGAAGAUCUGGAGCUACAGAGAAGGGGGGGCCCAGAUCACGGACGUGGACGAGGGUCAGCCUUGUCUGAAGUGCGGUGAGACGUGUCCCGGCUUUCUGCAACACUCGUGGAGAAAAAAUUGCAACAGCUGCAAAUGCCCGAGAGAAGCGCACGACGUGUGUCACGACGAAUGGGUAUCCGUCAGAUCUCGAUUGGGACUAAAAGGCGACGGAGUCGGUGGCUCGGUCUCGUGCGAACCCAGAGAUCUGGGACUCGCCUGGGCUCCACCGGGACUUCCGUCUCACAAGGUCGAGGAAUACUUUUCGAUGUUGCCGGAGGUGUCCGUCCCGAGAUUGGGAACUCCCGGUGAACGAUACAGAGAUCGUCAACUAGCUAUGCAGUUACCAAAACAGGACCUGGCCAAGGCUUACUGUCGACAUUUGGCACCCGAACAUUACACCAGUGCCGACGACUUCAUGGCGGCCAGGAACGAAAUAGCCCUCGACAUCGGCACUGUUCAGGAAAUCCUCGAAAAGGGAGAGGAGUGCGCGGGCUGCAACGAAGCUCUGAAAUACGGUUCUCUCGCAGUCUCGGCUGGAAAAUUGGGGGAACUUUAUCACCCCGCGUGUUUCCAAUGCGUCCAAUGCAGAGAGCUACUCGUCGACCUGGCCUAUUGCGUUUACAACGACGCUGUUUACUGCGAAAGACAUUACGCCGAACGAUUAAAAGGAAGGUGUCCAGCUUGCGACGAGUUGAUUUUCAGUGGGGAAUUCACCAGGGCGAUGAACAAGGACUGGCACAGCGGCCACUUCUGUUGCUGGCAAUGCGACGAAUCCUUGACGGGUCAACGUUACGUCCUGAGGGACGAACACCCCUACUGCAUCAAGUGUUACGAGAGCGUGUUCGCCAACGGGUGCGAGGAGUGCAGCAAGAUCAUCGGUAUCGAUUCCAAGGAUCUAUCCUACAAGGACAAGCAUUGGCACGAGGCCUGCUUCCUCUGCAACAAGUGCAGAGUAUCACUGGUGGACAAACAAUUCGGCAGCAAGGUCGACAAAAUUUACUGUGGAAAUUGCUACGACGCUCAAUUUGCCAGCCGUUGCGAUGGCUGCGGUGAAAUCUUCCGUGCAGGCACGAAGAAGAUGGAGUACAAGACCAGGCAGUGGCACGAGAAAUGUUUCUGCUGCGUCGUGUGCAAGAAUCCGAUCGGUACGAAGAGUUUCAUACCUCGCGAACAAGAAAUUUACUGCGCUGGCUGCUACGAGGACAAGUUUGCCACGCGAUGCGUGAAGUGCAAUAAGAUCAUCACCAGCGGUGGUGUUACGUACAAGAACGAACCCUGGCACAGGGAAUGCUUCACCUGCAGUAACUGCAGCACGUCUUUGGCAGGACAACGAUUUACAUCUCGCGACGAGAAACCGUAUUGCGCCGAUUGCUUUGGAGAAUUAUUCGCUAAGAGGUGCACCGCCUGCACUAAGCCGAUCACCGGUAUCGGUGGAACGCGUUUUAUCUCGUUCGAAGACAGGCAUUGGCAUAACGACUGCUUCAUCUGUGCCGGAUGUAAGACAUCCUUGGUUGGUCGUGGGUUCAUCACCGACGCCGAUGACGUUAUCUGCCCGGAGUGCGCCAAGCAGAAGCUGAUGUGAAUUUGACGUAUAUUAAAAGAAAAGAGUAAGAGAAAGAAAAUGAAAAAGAAAAUAGAAAAAAAACAAGUCUGCGAUGUCAUAUCUCUUCACAAGCCAUACUCUCUCGCUACGAUGUUAACGCCCAUUGCUUCGAUCUUUAUUUCAACAGAGGAUCCCUCUCAUUCGCACAAUGUGAGAUGUUUAGGUAUAUAUUGAUUAAUAAUUCACCCAUUUACGAUUCUGCGGUCGUUUACUUUUCGUCUUUUUUAUUUAUAUCAAUUGUUUCGGAACUACGAUUUUAUAUCUAAGGUGUUUCGAACAACUUCACCCUCGCAUAUUCUUCCGAAAAGAUACUCAUAAAAGAAAAACUAUAGAAAGCGAGCAAAAAACUAUGCAAGAAUAAAUGAUAAAAGAUGUAUAAAAUUCGAAAGAUUCAAAUAGCUGACAAAGAGUGGUUUAAUGACUUGGUGAUGUAAUUUUUCAAGUAAUUUCGCUUUAUUUAAUGACCGUGUUUAGGGCGCACGUCCUAGCUUUGUAGUCAUAGGGAUGGUAGUCAUUUGUUUAUUUUUAUUUAAUUAUUUUUUUGUUUUUUCAAUUUUCUUAUAUAAAUAUUUAAGUAUACAUAGCAUCGAUUCUAUGAAUUAUAGAUCGCUUCAGAAGCGCGUGAUUUGUGUAUAGCCGCUUCCCAGACUUUGAGCGUUCAAUAUCUCUUCGAUUCCUCUAUGGAAGAUUGUAAAUGUCAAGACGUCAAGUAUGAAGACCCUACUAAAAGUAGUACUUAUUAUAAAUAUUUAAAAUAUUCAAUCGACGAAAAUAAGUUGUUACAAUGAACAGAGAGAAAAAUAAAAUUAAAAACAAAAAAAAAAAAUGAACAAAAUAAUCGACCGAAACAGAGAGCUAAAAAGAACCUAAAUGCCUUUUUAAAAAAUUCGAAAAUCAAAUCGCCUUACUAUUGAUAUAUAAAUAUAUAAAUUAAAUUUUUAAAUAAACCUAUUACUACUACACUAUUAAAUAUAAUGUUAUUAAUAUUAUUUUUUGCUUUGUAUAUGGUAGAAGUAAAAUGAAUCCUGUUGUUAAUCACUGCUGCAAGAAAGAAAAAAAAUGCGAAAAAAACGUAAAAAAAAAAAUGAAAAAAAAUAAACCGCGAAACCUUGUUGUUAUUAAACAGAACUAUCUACAAUAUAAUAUUUAUAGUAAUAACGGUAAUAUUAUUUUCAUUCAACUAACUGUUAUUAUAUACGAAUACAUAUUUUCGUUCAUCAUUACACUGUACAAGCCGUAUGCAACUCAUACAAGAAUUACACUCGAUUAAUUUACGAAUUUAUUCAUAUCACAAAACGUAUGCACGCAAUCACUAUCCACGCAAACACAUACACAUAAACACACACGUAUCACAUACCCACACACAUCGAUACACACACACUACACACAUCGAUGCACACUACACACACACACACACACACACACCCACAUGAAUAACACACCCACAUACACAACACACGCGUGCACGUUUGAUACGGAUGUUAUUUUCAGGCACGAUACCUAUGAUACUUUUAGAUCUCUUUACUCUGGCUUACUAAACGUGCAUCUGCCGAUUAGAGCUAUGAGGUGAACCAGCGUAUAAAUACUAGUGAAAUGAUCUUAAAAUGCACGUUUUUAUGCUGCAGUAUUGCACUGCAUGAAAAAGUAUAAAUGUAUAAUUUUAUUAACAUCAUGCAUUCGCGAGUUGAGAUGCGGACGUGUAUCCAAACUGAUAGUGGCCUUAUUAUAUACAAAAGCAGCCAACGUACGAACUAACUUAUCAGUUUAUUAUACAUACACAAUAAUAACUAUAAUAUUAAUAAUAAAAACAAUAAUAGUAAUAAUAAUAAUAUCAAUAAUAAUAUAUUAUGAAGAAAAUAAAAAAUGUAAUAAUAAUAAUUAAUAGUAAUAAUAUCAAUGAUAACAAUAAUAUUAAUUUAUAUAAUUUUAUUUCAAAGAAACGAAUAGUAAUUACCAACAAUACGAACAAAUGAAAAAUUGAUCACAGAAUUCAUGACCAAAAAUUAUAAUACCAGCUUAAUAUUCUCACAAAGGGAAUAAUCUCUCUCAGAGCACUAAUUGUCUUAAUUUUUGUAUACGACAUGAUACAUGAUUCUGCAUCAUGGAAUGUAUUCGACGUAUCAUCAUAUUACAGUGUAAAAUCGAUGAAUAAAUAAAUGUAAUUAUUUACGUUGUUUAUCUGUAAA